AGACUGAAGGUGGGAGUAUAGGGUGGCAGAGGAAGAGGGAGUGUCACAUAUUACUCCCUCUCUGCUUAAGUCAGGGAACAAUCAUGAGCAUAAUAUUCAAUAUAAACCAUGUUUGGCACAAUUUGCCCAGAUUUAGAAUAUUCUUUUUACAGAAACUGAAUAUGUUUAUUUUAUUAGUUGUUCAUUCUCAUGUAUAUGCUCUAAGUAGUUUUUCUUCUACCCUAUUUUUCUAUUUUUUUUUUUAUCAUAUCACAGAAACACCAACAUCAACCUACAAACAAUUCCAAAUUGUUCCCUGAAAAGGAGAGGCUGAAAUUUAGGCAGUGUUUCAAAACAAAAUGAAAUGCAACCUGGUGUAUCUAAUGUGAGCAGACAGUGUCUGAAAUCACCGUCCCCACAUUGUGGAAGUUAGUGGAGACAAGCCAGCUAUUCUGUAGGGAAAAUUUGAUUAUUUUUUCAUGUAAUUUAAUCUGAGCCUAUUUGAGUGGCAUCCAAAUUACUUUCAACCUUUAUACCCUCAAACUGUUUUGUUCAUAAUAAAACCACUGUACGCAGUAUAGGAGGAGCAAAAGUGUAACAGUAGAACUGAGGGAGUCAGUGUCUCUUCUUUGCCUGGAAUGUGCAAUCUCCUUACCAAAGAGCUGAUGCAGUGUUUUUUUUUCUUUACAGGGACAAACACGGCCACUACACUCCUCCAUAAUACAAACUUAAUGAAACUGGAACUUAAUUGUGUGGCACACAUCCACACAGAAGCUUUGUUGUGAAAGUCAAUCCAACUCUUAACUCACCUGCAACACCUACACAGACCUCUAGGUGGCGGUGGAGGCGGUUGAUACUUGAUGAAUCGCUGCUCGACCAUGUGUUUUCACGAAAACGCCGCAGCACCGACUCUUUAACUUAUUGUAAAUUAGCCACACAGCAACAGUGAGGACCGGUUUAUGCUGAUAUAUUCACUUUAAACUAUGUUCUAACAGAUUUCUGGAUUUCUAUAGCUGGUUGACACUAACAAAGCACAAGGUCAAGGGAGUCGUCGCGGUCCGCUGUUGCUGACAGGCGUGGAGAGGUACAGGCAAGAUGAACCAGGAAGAGGUUUUGGCACAUCUGAAGAGGGACAUUCGUGCCUUGCUCACUUCAUCCAAGAUGGGCUUGGAUCCUGAUCAGCUCCGACGAGACUAUGUGGAAAUGUUAGGUCAUCCUAUGCCCCUGAAGCUCCUUGGCUUCAGGAACAUCAUGGAUAUGGUGAAGGACAUGCCUGAUGUGGUGUCUAUUGGCAUUAAUGCAGAUGGUACCAUUUGCUUAAACGCUGUUAGUGAUGAAACCACGCAGAACAUUAAAAAGCUGGUAGGCAAGCAGCGCAUGUCUAAGGCCGACAGGAGAACCAAGAGGGUCAGCGCAAGUUACUUCUCACCCCACUACUCUCGCAUAUCCCCAUCUGUAGUCCUUCCUAGAAGAGGUUGCGGCCCUCCACCUCUCCCUGCCCAGCUCAGGGCUCAGCUCUGCUUCCUCCUCUCGCAGGGUCCUCUCAGGUUAUCUGAUCUGGAGGGUUGCUUCCUGCGCUGCUUUGGCCACCCCUUGCGCUGCCAAAGCUAUGGCUUUUACACCACUGGAGAGAUGCUGGCGGCGUUGACGGACCUUGUUAUAAUUCAGCAGAGCAGGCUGGGUUCACUCAUAAGACUGAGGGAUCACAUGGUAACCAGGCCAGUGCUCAUACCAUUUAAUUCAGCAAGGAAGACUGGACCUUCAAUGCCACUGUUGCAUAGAACUAACAAGCCACCAUUCAAAGGGCCAGGCAACAGUGCUCCGUCAGCAGGUUUACACCCAGUCUCAUUAAAGCAGAGUCCUGUGACCCAGUCUUCUGCCGAGACUCCCAUGGACCCUGUCUGCAAAGAGCCAAUAACUGUCCGUAACAAGCCAAAUCUGGUCGAGAAGAACCAGGAAGUUGAACCGGGGCUCAGCCAGGAAGACCAUCUCCUACAGAAGUGCAUCCUCAAGUUGGAGGAGGAACUUCAUCGAACAAUCCUGGAGAAUGGAAUUGCUAGCACCAUCAGUCUAGAGCUGAAGGACAAACUGCAAAAGGUUGUAGGUCAGGCCAGGGAUGGAUUGUCAGUACAUGAUUUGCCUGCUGAGUAUAAGAGGCUUUUGGGUGAGGAGCUGCCUCUGCAGCAGAGCGGCUUCUUCAGUGUGACCGAACUGAUCAGUGCCAUGAGUGACAUCUUCCACCUUAAACCUGCAGAAGACGACAGUGGACACCACUGGGUAAUCAUGAAUGUAAAAGACAUUGACGCACCACUGUCAGACUCAAAAGAAACGGAGAAUUGUAACAGUGGUGAGGAGCUGUCAUAUACGAGCAUCGACUUCAGCUGUGAAGAGUCUCCUUGGGAAGGCAAACGGGAAGCAGAUGACAAUAACACAGAUGUUGAGAGUGAGGAGCUAGAGACCAGUAGCAAUUCCAAGAUCCGGGAAAUGGUGUCUGAGAAAUAUACUGUGGUCCAGGUGCACUGCAACCCUGCUCUUCCCCUUGAUGCCAUGCGGAGUCAACGUCUCCAACCGCCGACACGUCACAGUGCUCGAGAGCUGGUGCAAGUCACGGUGGAACAGGUGGACUCGCCGGCACAUUUCUACAUCCGCUUCAGUGACAGCAAGGAGGCGCAAGCUAUGGAAGACAUGAUGAUUGAGAUGAGGCGAUGUUACACUUAUUCUGAUGUGGCAGAGGGCUAUCGCCUCCCCAAGAAAUUUGUCCGACGGGGUCAGGCCUGCUGUGUGUCACCGGCAGGUUUGUGGUUCUACCGAGUGGUGAUCCAAAAAAUAGUCAGCCCGACUCAAGUUGAGGUGUACUUUGUUGACUUCGGUGAUACGACUGUUGUGCAGAGCGCCAGCCUCAAGUUCCUCAAGUUGUGUUAUUCAGUUCUUCCAGCACAAGCUGUUCCAUCGUCCCUCGCUGGAAUUAAACCCACUUCUGGCAGCUGGACUGCUGAGGCCGUGGCCUCCUUCCAGAAGCUGUGCUGUGAUCGCACCCUGGUGGGCGCUCUGGAUUGUUACACGGGAGAUGUGCUGCAGCUCUACCUGUGUGACACACGCACUGCUCAUGACGUCUACGUCCACACUGCUCUGAUGAACCAGGGACAUGGGAAACCCUGCAGCCCUGCAGAGAGUGCAGCACUGUGUGUCCAAAGCAAUCCAGCAAGUCUCUAUCUGGGGGAGGGAAAGGUUGAUCUGCUGGAGUUUGAGGAGGAAAUGACCUCCACUGAGCCAGCAAAUACUCCAGAUGAGUCCAUGCCAUCCUCCCUGAAGGAAGAAGAGGAAGAGAUGCCUGCGCUGGAGUUCAUAGAGAGCAGUGAAGUCAGCUCCGACACCCAGGCUGCACGGGCCAACCCGUUAAGUUUUGUGUUAAAUGACCAAGCACUCAGCUGUCAUGAACUAGGCCCGGUCUUGACAAAUGAACCCUCUCCUACCAACACGACUACCACCACCUCCGCCCCUCUCACCGCUCCAGAUCUGAUCCAGACCAAGACGACCUCAGCUGAAGUGACAAAAAUGUCUCCUCAAGCAACGCCUUCCAGCUUUAAUUCCAGCCCCUGCUGUCAGACACAAGAGAAGGAGAAGUAUCAGUCAAACGUCACUGUCCCUUUGUUGGUCAGACCACCACCGAUCCUUAGGACACUGAGUCUUCACACCCCUUACCUCGGCCAAAUCCAGCAUUGCAAUCAAGGUGCACCUGUUUCUCUGCUGCACCAGCGAAGCACCAGCAUCAUGUUUCCUUUGUUUGGGUCCAGUCUGCUGGUCCCACGUACGGCGGGAGCGCCGCGUCCUCCUGGCGGCUCCGUGCGCUCUGGACUCCGGCUCAUUGUUGGAGAAGUUCCGCCGCAGUCCCAUGCGCCGCGCACCUCUGCCCUCAUCCUCCUGCAGCUGCGAUAAGAAUGCUGGUGACUUUUCAUGGUCCAUCUCCGCAGGAUUAGCCCGAGUUGGACAAACGGACCAUGUAAACCAGAUGAGGUCAUAUGCAGCCUGGGUGAGGGGUCCGGAGCUCUCAGUGAUGCGUUCAGUGUGGUUCAUGUCCCAGUGGAACUGCUGUUUGUUUUUUUUAACAUGGUUUGGUUCAAAGUGACUCACCACAUUUGUACAUUGGACUCCUCUGGAUGAUGUGACAGUUUUCAUGACUAAGAUUAUUUCACUGUUCACUCACCUACUGUGGACAACACCAAUCAUUUAUCUGAUUUGUAAUGUAAAGGACAGAUUUUUAGGUGCAGGACUAUAAAUCUCUACCCUUUUCAUUCUCCACCCACCUCUCCUUCACUACUCCAUUCUCUCCUCUCUCCUACCCCAACCU